AUGGAUGUAAAUUCGGAAGAAAAACCGUGUGUCGUCAACGACCGUUUCCAAAAUAUACUUCAAAGCUUGUCUAAGUGUAAAAUAGAGUAUAUUAAUGAAAAAGAAGAGUGUAAGAAAGUGCGAGAAGUGAAUUCAAAGCUUGAAGUUGAGCUACGAGAGACCCGUGAGUUGGAAAAGUCUCAUCGUUACCAUCUAUUGACGUCCCGGGAAAUGAUCGGAAACUUGCAAGAGACGGUUUCGCAACUUGUUUAUUUAAAGAGGGACGUGAAGAAAUUGAGGGAUGAAAUUGCAAUCAAAGAUUCGACUAUCGUUGCCUUAGAAAACGAAAAACAAUAUAUUCAACAAAAGCACAACGAUAAUAUAAAAGAGCUUCGUGCUACACAUGAGAGGGAAAUAGGCGAUGUGACAGUCAUGCACGGAAGAAAAUUGCAACAGGCGCAACACGAUUCGGACACUGAGAUUGCCCAAUUUACCUGUGUCAUUGAAGAACUGCGUACGAAAAUACAGGAGAUAGAAGCUGAACAUCGAGAUAAGAUGAACGUUUUAGUUCUGGAGUAUGAAGAGAAGAUCCAACGCGGCGCGGCACAGGUAUCCCAGCUUCAGGAACAGCUGGCGCGACAGGCAGCUCGUACAGACGCCAACAUCGACGCUUAUCGAAGGCGUUUAGAAGAAUUAGAGGAGAAACUUAAACAGAGUCAAUUUAAGCAGUAUUUGGCGCAGAGUUCUUAUUCCCAGUAUGAAAGUCUGGUGGAACGGCCGUAUUCUGUUGAGAGGGAGUUGACUCAUAACAAUUCCUCGAUCAACAUGGACCCGGUUUUGGAAACGGCGAAGCAACCACAAGUGUCCUUACAUCAGAAUAAGCCUUUGAAGCCUAACACCUUGCAGGUUAUGUACUACGGAAAUAAGACUCCGGCGGUACAAAAGAACGAAAAGAAAGGACAUUUUAAUAUUUCCAAGAAAAGGAAACUUUAUAGCGAAAAGGACUUGCAAGAUUUCUAA